AAUUCUGCAUAAAGUAUCCUUCUUCAUAUAUCCAUUUUCGCCGUCUCUAGAAAAACCAAAAACCCCUUAAAUCCCUCACAAACCCUCGCCUGCUGAAAUUCUUGAGAAACAGAGAUGAUGUACCGUGCGAGCAAUCCGUGGAUGAUCGCCGAUUCGGCGACGACGGCGUCUCCGGCGUGGAGUCGUUACGAGGACAAGGUUUUCGAGCAGGCUCUGGUGCUGUUCCCUGACGGUGACGACCGGUGGCAGAGGAUCGCCGACCAGAUUCCCGGGAAGACCGUCGGAGACGUUAUUGCUCACUACGAGGCGCUGAUUCACGAUGUCGGUGAAAUCGACUCGGGCCGAGUUGAGUUGCCGACCUAUCCCGACGGUUCCUUCGGCUGGGACCAGGCCGAGCCCAGCCAGAUCUCCUUCGGUAACAACAGGAAACCCGGAGAGGUUGAGCGGAAGAAGGGAACUCCUUGGACCGAGGAAGAACACAGGUUGUUCCUCAUUGGACUCGAUAGGUACGGGAAGGGGGACUGGAGAAGCAUUUCGAGGAACGUGGUGGUGACGAGAACCCCAACACAAGUGGCCAGCCAUGCCCAAAAGUACUUCCUCCGGCAACAGUCCAUGAAGAAGGAGCGCAAGCGGUCCAGCAUCCAUGACAUCACGACCGCCAUGGACACGAACACUGUUCAGCCUCAGGCCAAUUUUUCUAGCCCCGGUGGCGGCAGUGGUGGUGGUGGUGGCGGAGGAGGAGGAUAUCAUCACAACUACAACUUCCCAUAAUACACAGGAAUGAAAAGAAUAAAAAAGAAAUCAUAGUAUAUACUUGUAAAUGCAACUUUCCCAACUUGUAAUUACUCUUUAGGAGUCUUAUUAGCUCUAGUUGUUAGCUUGUUUAGGGAAAGUAGUUUAAAGGUGAAGGGCUCAAGUGUGUGUGUGGCUUUGAUAUUUUUAAUGAAAGAGGAAAUGUUGUUAUAGUAAUAUUCUACUCUUUAUAAGGAUAUGAUGAAGUGUAAACAUUAAACAGUUCAUGGCUUA